CUCUCUCACACACACACACAAACUCUCACGCACACAUUCUCACACGUGCACACACUUUCGCUCGCACACACACACACACACACACAGACAGAUACAGACACACAGACAGAGAUACAUACAUAGACGCACAUACUCACACACACGCAGACAGACAGACAUACAAAGACACACACAGACACACACACAGACAGAUACAGACACACCGACUGACAGACAUACACCGACAGAUACAGACACACACACAUACGCACGCACGCAGACACACACAGACAGACAGACAUACACCGACAGAUACAGACACACACACACAGACAGAUACACAUAGACAGACGUACGCACACAGACACACAGGGACACGUUCCUUCGGCAAUACAUGAACUCCGUAAAACCCGGGACAUCACCAGGCUUCAUCUGCUCCCCUCUCUUCGUAUCAUUCUCAUGUGGUUUGGCUUUUUACCGGCUGCGCCAGACAAAUUCAUGUCAGUGCUAUUGCACGCAGGUAUAUUUAGCGUAACUGAAAGUAAUGCCUCAUUGCACUGUCGACUGGGACGAACACAGACUGAAGGCGUUCGGAGGUUGUUGUGUGAUUGUUUGACUCGGUUACAGAAGUAACUCCAAGAACCAGAGGGGGAAAUAUAUUCAGUUGAUGUGAUUGUGCCUGGGACGCUCUGAAAUGUUCUUCGCGCUCUCUUUCCUCCUCUUAACUGAAGCUGCGGUCGUAAUAGGUGGCGUUAAGCAUGAGCAGCAUAAAUGCCCACAGGUGUACUUUGAUGGUCUGCAUCGGGUCAUGCUAAACUGUUCCAACCCAGCCUACGUGCGGGCAGCGUUGGUCCAAUGGCGUUGGACGGAUUUUUCAGGAAAGCAGAAGGAACAACUUCUGCUGCAAGUCCUGAAUGGGAAUUUGAUGAGACACACAGACUGGGCUGACAUGGGAAUAUCCAUCGAGGCCUGCGUGGAAAAUGGAAACUGCUCACUUUGCAUGGCCCCUGCACAAUAUUCCGCUGGGCUCUACCAUUGCAUUGUAUGGACCUCGAAAAGCAUCACUGAAGAAAAGACCUGGCUCAUAUACAAAGUGGACUCCAGAGAUCUAGGACCUAUCUACAUCGCAGUUGGAGCUGGUGUGGGCCUCCUACUGCUGGCCAUCAUUGGGGUAAUUUGUUUUUGCAAGAGAAAAGCGAGAGAUCAGGGGGAUCGGAAUGCUGAAUCCCAGAAUCAUCAAGGAAGCAGGCAAAAUGUAAAUUCAACGUAUAUGGAUCUUAACUUAAACCACCAGGAAAUUUACAGCAAUCUGAUAUGAUGGCACGUGCUUGGUGGAACCUUCUGGUACCUUACCUUUAAGAGAGCUCACCUUUAAUGUCACCACUUACUGUGUGUAUACAACAUUGCGACCCUGUAUCGCUGCUGUUCUUUUGUGGUUUCGUACCUUGCACGCACAGAAAUGAGAUAGUUUUAUUUUCUAUAAUGACUAUUUCAUAACUUAUAAGUUCAUAAAGUUUAUCAAUUCCUGAUCAGACUGUAUGCUUUUAUACUUCUGCAUUUUUUAUCGCAAACUAAAAAGAGAAAACACCACUUUUAAAACCAAAGAUUGUUGGAGAAUUGCUGUACAUUUCGAAAGGCAUGAAGCCUGACACCCAUUGUAAGCACGGUUUGUGUUGCUGCUGGUUCUGAUGGUAGUUGAGGUGCAGUGUGCAGAUAAACCGGAGUCAAACAGCAACGUUAAUACUGAUAUUCAGCUAGCAGUAAGUAGCUGAUUGACUUGGGAACAUGUGACCAGUUAUCAAUGAUAAAGGCCUUCUGCCUAUUAAUAACUACAUAAUGGGUUCUCAGGAACAGACUGGGGCAUUGAGCAAGACACAGAGAAACCCUUACACCCCCACCAGCUCAGCAGCUCUCUCUUCUCCGCAGUAAAAACUCCUUCAGCCUGAAGAAAAAAACAGCCUAUCAUUUCCCUAUCAGUUGUUGUAAGUUAUACUUAGUCAGGCACCUUUUGUAAGUGUGAACCAGCCACCCUGUGCCUGCCUCAAAUGGAUGAAAGCAUCCAGAGAAGGAAGACUGAGAAGCCACAUUCUGAUCAUCAAAUGGAUUUUCUCAGCAGGUUCCAUGAACAUGAGAUGCUGAGCUGCUUUCCCAAUGUACGCUCUAUCCAAACCACCCAUUUUUAAAAAAUCCUGCUGAUGUGUGUGCGUGUUCCUGUGUGUAAUGUGAGUGUGUGUGUGCGUGCGUGUGUGUUUGUGUGCACGUGUGUGUGUGUGUGUGUGUGCACGCACGUGUGUGUAUGUGUACGUGUGCGUGCAUGUGUGUGUUUGUGUGCGUGUGUGUAUAUGUGUGCGUGCAUGUGUGUCUGUGUGUGCGUGCGUGUGUGUGUGUGUGUGCGUGAGUGUGUGAAUGUAUGUGUGUGCACGUGUGUGCGAAUGUGUGUGCGUGUGUGUAUGCGUGUGUAUCUGUGAAUGUGUGUGUGUGUGUGUGCGCGUGCGUGUGAAUGUGUGUGCGAAUGUGUGUGCAUGUGUGUGCAUGCGUGUGUAUCUGUGAAUGUGUGUGUGUGUGUGUGUGUGU